UGGUAUUUUCUGAGCACUGCUGUGCCUGCACCAGCAGGUUUUUGACAUACCGAGAGAAGUUUGGGCUCCUACUCAGGAGCAGGGGAAAUGGGCGCAGAGCUGGAAGACUUCCCAGGUCGGGAGGGUGGGGACCAGAGAGGGGACGAACCUCAGGGAACCCCCGCGACGGCGCCGGCAGAGUGGAAUGGGGACUCUCUGGAGCCAGGAGAGGUCUCCAGAAGAGGGCCUGCCCGCCAGACGGAGCCGACCGUGCCCACCGCGGGCCCUGGCCCGGCGGGGGCUGAUGGCUGCCCUGCUCUUCGGGCUGCUCCUUGGUUCUUCUGUGCUUCUGUUCUACAUCUUCUGGAGCUGUGGCCCCCGCCCCUGUGAGACGCCUGUGUGCAGGGACCUCCAGGCUCGCUACCUGGCCUCCGGGAACACCAGUGCGGCGCCCUGUGACGAUUUCUUCAGCUUCGCCUGUGGAAAGGCCGCAGGAACCAGUACUUCCUUCCAGACUCUUGCAGAGGAGAACAAGGAACGACUCCGGAGAAUCCUGGAAGCCCCCGGUUCCUGGCCCCUGCGCUCUGGGCAGGAGAAAGCCUUCCAGUUCUACCAGGCCUGCAUGGACACAGGUGCCAUUGAGGCUGCAGGGGCUGGUCCCCUCAGACAAGUUAUUGAGGAGCUCGGAGGCUGGCGAAUCUCUGGGAACUGGACUUCCUUGGACUUUAACCGAACUCUGAGACUUCUGAUGAGUCAGUACCAUUACUUCCCAUUCUUCAGAGCCUAUCUGGGACCUCACCCCAGCCUGCCACAUGCGCCAGUCAUCCAGAUAGACCAACCAGAGUUUGACAUUCCCCUCAAGCAAGAGCAGGAACAGAAGAUCUAUGCUCAGAUCGUGCGGGAAUACCUGACCUACCUGAACCGGCUGGGAACUUUGCUGGGAGGAGACCCAAGCAAGGUGCAAGAACAUGCCUCCUUGUCCAUAACCAUUACCUCGAAGCUGUUUCAGUUUCUGAGGCCCCUGGAGCAGCGGCGGGCCCAGGGGAAGCUCUUCCAGAUGGUCACUGUUGACCAGCUGCAGGCAAUGGCCCCUGCCAUCGACUGGUUGUCCUGCUUGCAAGCGACAUUCACACCCAUGUCCCUGAGCCCCUCCCAGCCCCUUGUGGUCCAUGACCUGGAGUAUUUGAAAAACAUGUCACAGUUAAUGGAAGAGCACCUGCUGGAGCACAGGGACUUUCUGCAGAGCCACAUGAUCUUCGGGCUGGUGGGGGCCCUUUCUCCAGCCUUGGACAGUAAAUUCCAGGAGGCACGCAGAAUGCUGAACCAGAAACUACGAGAGCUGACAGAUCGACCACCCAUGCCUGCCCACCAGCGAUGGAUGGAGUGCGUGGAGGAGACAGGAACCUUCUUUGAACCUACUCUGGCAGCCUUGUUUGUUCGUGAGGCCUUCCGCCCGAGCACCCAAAGUGCUGCCAUGGAAUUAUUCACUGCAAUCAAGGAUGCCCUCAUCACUCGCCUCCAAAGACUUCCCUGGAUGGAUGAGGAGACCCGGAAAGAGGCCCAGGAUAGGGUCACCCAGCUGCAGGUGAAGAUAGGGGCUCCAGAAUGGGCCCUGGAGCCAGCGCUGGCCAGAGAGGAAUACAAUGACGUACAGCUCGGCUCCAGCUACCUGCAGUCCUUCCUGAGCUGUGUCCGAUCCCUCCAAGCUAGGACUGUCCAGAGCUUCUUGCAGCCUGUCCCCUAUCACAGGUGGAAGGUGGUCCCCUGGGGGGUUAAUGCUUAUUACUCAAUAUCUGACCAUGUGGUGGUCUUCCCAGCUGGACUCCUCCAACCUCCAUUCUUCCACCCUGGCUACCCCAGAGCUGUGAACUAUGGCGCUGUUGGCAGCAUUAUGGCCCGUGAGCUGUUGCACAUCUUCUACCAGCAAUUACUGCCUGGGGGUUGCCCGGCCUGUGACACCCGUGCCCUACAGGGGGCGCAACUCUGCCUGGAGGACCACUAUGCUGCCUUUCCAUUACCCAGUGGAACCACCUUCAAUGGUUCCCACACAUUCCUGGAAAAUGCUGCGGACACUGGGGGGCUGACCAUUGCCCUGCAGGCAUACAGCCAAAGGCUAGUAAGGCACCAUGGGGAGACCACCCUGCCGGACCUGGGCCUCAGCCCCCAUCAGCUCUUCUUCCGAAGCUAUGCCCAGAAAUACAGACCCAUUAAAAAUGAGCCUUCAUCAGGUGGCCUAUAGAGAGCAUUCCUCCCGGGAGACCUCAUCCCUACCCGAUAUAACCCUCUACAUACAUGUGCCCCUUGACAGACACGGCCCCCAACCCCUCAGUAUCCUUAAAGACCCCUCACAGACUUCUUCCAAGAGAGCCCACCUCGUGGUCACUAUAAGUGGGCUGGUUACAUGGACCUCCCCCAGAUGCCUACCGCCGGGUUAAAUGACCUGCGUACAGAUCGCCAACGCUCUUCCUUCCUUGGUGUGGUCCUUCGAGGGUUCCUAUCCCCACUCUCAUCUUUGUCAGCUGGCCCUAGUUGCCACCUAGUCACCAGGUGCCUGGUCUACUGCCCAGUCUACCCUGCCGUUCUCCUUAUCCUGUAUGGACCUCUUUCUCCACAGGUGAUGUGUAGGGAGCCUGACACCCAGGAUUCUCAGGACACUCACAGCCCCCCCAUCCUUCGAGUCCUUGGGCCCCUCAGCAACACUCCAGCCUUUGCCAGACAUUUCCACUGUCCACACGGUGCCCUCA